UCAAUAUUUCUAAAUUAAUGGCUAAGGAUACGGAAUUGGAAAUGAUUUGUAGUAAUGAAGCAACGGUGACACAGACAAAUGCUUAUCCUUUUCCGCAGCGGAAAAAUAAAAUUGUUUACCAUCCCACAAUGAAGCAGUGGAUGGCUUUAUUGUCAGGUGCCCUUCUCUUCGUGCCGGGUGGUAUGAGUAUGGCAUUCGGACUCGGUUGGAAUUUACACACCCACAUACCCACUACAAUGCAAUUACGUUACUCUUGGUUCAUUGGCCUCAUAAUUGGCGCAAUACUGGCAGCGCCGCUAAUCAGAGCUGUGCCUAAGCGCGUUUUUAUGUUGUUCGGCGCCAUUCUGGUGAUUAUUGGCGGCAUCAUCUUCACCAGCGUACCUUACAACUAUAGCGCUGUGUUGGCAGCGCGUUACAUCAAUGGCAUCGCAAUCGGUUGCACCACAUUGGCAUUUCUCGUGCACGCAAGCGAAAUAGCGGCCACCGAAAAUCGUGGCUUUUGCCUGUGGCUAGAACAAAAUAGUAUGACUGUCGGCAUUGUAAUUCAAGUGGUUUACACGUCGCAAUGGACUUCUCAAGUGGACUUUGCUGCGGAUCGGUUGCAUGGAAUCAUUGCCAUUAUUUUUGGCGUAUUGGCCAUUUGCUGUGCGCAUUUCAUUGUCGAAUCGCCGAUCUUCUUCAUACACCAAUGUGAUGAUGCGCGCGCGCUCAACUGCCUGCGACAAUUGCAGCGACCAGAGUAUGCGGCACCGUGCGCUCUACAAGUGCUACUGGACCAGCAGAAGACCUACGUGGUGGAGACGGAAACGGUGGAAUGGCGCGACACGCUGAUACAGAGUCCGCUGCUGCGUUUGUUGCUCUAUCGCAGCAUGAUUGCUUUUGGCUUCUCGCUGCCCAUGAACGAGGCAAUGAAGUGGGCCAAUUUGGUGGUGCUGAGUGAUUAUGAGUGGCAGCCCAUAGUAUUUGUUAUAUUACGCGUUGGUGGCACCUUUUCGUCGUUAUAUAUGUUCGAUGUGACAGGCAGGAAAAUGGUAUCAUUGGUGGCGCUAUUCUGCACGGCUGUGCUGUCCAUCGCCAUUGGUGGAGAAUACGAUGAUGAGUUGAGCGUGAAGAGUGAGUACCACAUGUCGGUGAUUUGUGUGCUGUCGCAGGUCUUUCAAUUCUUUGCUGGAUUGUAUGCGCCCAGCUCCUCUGUGUACUUGAGUGAGGCUUUCCCGAUGACGUUGAAGCCGUACUUUAUCGCCGGGUGUCUGGCAGUGCAGCAGGCGAUACACAUCAUUGUCAUCUGCAACUUCCACUUCAACAUCUACUCCAUGUCCAUGUAUGCAUUCGCAGUCGGCAUUUUGAUGCUUUUGUGCUUUGCGGGCUUUUGUGUCACAAUGCCAGAGACGCGCAAGACAACGCUGGGCGAAGCACAAAUACGCUUUAGAAGUCUAUUGCAUUUGAAGUGCUGCUAAAUUGUAGAGGAAAGAAAGAAUGUUUGAAAGCGAAAGGAGAACGAAAUGAAAUUGUGAAAUAUUUUACAUACACAUAUACAUUUAAGUACACACACAACUACAUUGAAUUGCGGCCAAUUAAAAACUAAUA